AACCGCAGCAAGGUCGUAGCCGGAGACUGUGUUUCUGGCGAGCGAGUCGUUGUGAACUCUUGAGUCGAUCUAAACAAACCACUCAGGGAGGUUUCGCACAUUGAGAUUGAAACAAAUUCUGUUAUUGAUCUCAGAAUUUUAGUCAAGGAGAUGCCGUCGGAGUUGAUAUUUAGAGGCCACGACGAAGCCCAGCAUAUCACCGACUCCUACUCGCCUAAGCCGCCCAAACGAUGGCUUUCCAUCAGUCGCCCGAUUCGCUACAUGCUUCGAGAGCAGCGUCUCGUCUUUGUCCUCGUUGGCAUUGUUAUUGCCACUCUUUUCUUUACCGUCCGUCCUUCCUCUUCUAGGGCUCCAUAUGUGCCUCACCACAAACACAAGCCGAUCUCCGACUCUCUGGAUCACUUCUCUCGCGUGUCAGUGCCAGCGAGAUACAAAUUAUACGAACCUCAUGGGACCGGGUUCGGGUCGAUGAAUACAGGUGGGAAGAUUCCGCUUGGGCUAAAACGGAAGGGUUUGAGAAUAGUGGUGACCGGUGGGGCUGGGUUCGUUGGGUCACACUUGGUGGACCGUCUGAUUGAAAGAGGCGACAGCGUGAUCGUGGUGGACAAUUUCUUCACGGGAAGGAAGGAGAACGUGAUGCACCACUUCAAAAACCCGAGAUUCGAGCUCAUACGGCACGACGUCGUUGAGCCCCUGUUGCUGGAAGUUGACCAGAUCUAUCACCUUGCUUGCCCAGCAUCGCCCGUGCAUUACAAGCACAACCCCGUCAAGACCAUAAAGACCAAUGUGGUUGGCACAUUGAACAUGCUAGGGUUGGCGAAGAGGGUCGGUGCCAGGUUUCUGCUCACCAGCACCAGCGAGGUCUACGGUGAUCCUCUCCAGCACCCGCAGGUCGAGACUUACUGGGGCAACGUCAAUCCCAUAGGUGUCCGAAGUUGUUACGAUGAGGGAAAGAGGACAGCUGAGACAUUGACAAUGGAUUACCACAGAGGAGCAGGUGUUGAGGUCAGGAUUGCAAGAAUUUUUAAUACCUAUGGACCCCGAAUGUGCAUUGACGACGGUCGUGUUGUUAGCAAUUUUGUUGCUCAGGCAUUGAGGAAGGAGCCUUUGACUGUUUAUGGUGAUGGGAAGCAGACAAGGAGUUUCCAAUAUGUGUCUGAUUUGGUUGAAGGUCUGAUGCGCCUUAUGGAAGGAGAACAUGUGGGACCUUUCAAUCUUGGCAAUCCUGGUGAAUUUACUAUGCUUGAGCUUGCUCAGGUGGUCCAAGAAACCAUAGACCCGAAUGCAAGGAUAGAGUUCAGGCCUAACACAGAAGAUGACCCACACAAGAGGAAGCCUGAUAUUACGAAGGCAAAAGAUCUGCUUGGUUGGGAGCCCAAGAUAUCCCUUCGGAAGGGUCUGCCACUAAUGGUCUCAGAUUUCCGGCAACGCAUCUUUGGUGACCACAAGGAAGAUACCACCACCACCAGGAGCACUGUGUCAACAACUUAAAUUGGCAAAAAAAUUUUUCUAGACAUGUGGCAGCUAUAUAAUUAUUUGGUUGAUAAGCAAGCUGUCGUUGCCCAUAUCACUGGAUACAGUUACAUGGCAACAACAGUAGCAGCAAAGAAGUCCGUUAUUCUAGAAGGAAUGAACUUGGAGGUGUCUCGCAUUUAAUUCCCAGUCAGCUUCCUCAUCUCCAUGCUUUUUCUUUUUCUUUUCCCCUUGUAAUUUCACUUGGAAGGAUAUUAGACAGCGAGCCUUGCAAUUAGAAUUUAGCCCUUUACUCAAAUAUUGAUGCAAUUGAUAUGUGUAACAGCAUCAGGAAUGGCUUCCAAUUGUAUUAGUUUUGUUGCGUAUACGACUCUUCAUCUUCCAAUAUACGGUAUUUUCCGGUCUUGAUUUUCCAA